AUGUGCGUCGUCGUCGCGGAGGCGACGUCGAUACCGGCUGAACCGCGCGAGGUGACGCGAUACGGCGCGGCGCAGAUUACUGAGAUUUCUUACGAACAACUCGACGCGGCGGACGCGACGGAGGGCGAGACCGCGGGCUCGGGGGACUGGAUCGAAAUUUACAACCCGAGUGAAACCGACAAAGUAGAUCUCACCGGUUGGGCGUUCACCGAUCGCAGCGCGCGCGCGAUCGAAAAGAAUCCCGAAGUCGCGGUUGGUCAUUGGUUCGAGCUGCCCGAACUCGAGCUCGCCCCGAAAUCGUUCGCCGUGCUCGCGCGCGACGAAAUGGCGUUUCGCACAGCGUAUCGCGACCGCGACAACGCGCUCGACGCGCUCGUCCGAGGGAGCUUCAAGUUUGGACUCACCGCCAAGGGCGAGACGGUUCGUCUUUUGGACGCGUCCAACGAAACCGUGUACGAGCUGACGUACGACGACAAGUCCCCGUGGCCCGACACCUCGGAAGGUGGACACAGCCUCGAGCUCAUCGACGUUCGUCUAGAUCCGAACGAUCCGUUCAGCUGGAUCAGUUCAUACGAAGAGGGAGGCACGCCGGGCGAAAUCAACUCGAUCGCGGUCUCGUGGGGGUAG